ACACGCAAAAUUCCCACCCCCCCCCCCCCCCCCCCCCUCUUCCUUCUUCUUCUCCUUCCCCUCGUGGUUAGGGUUUUCUUGUUCAGCCAUCCCUACGUUUCUCAAACCCGUUUCCCUUCCUGCUUAAUUCUCAAUCUCCACUGCUGUAGCGUUCUUCCAUGGCUCCAAUCACCUUUUAUCUUACGUUCCUUAGAUUUGCUCAAUCUCAAAUUCAGUUUUGAGGCAUUCAAUUAAGCAAUAUUUGAUAGAUCUGUUUCUCGAGCAAGCGAAAACAUGUACAAUGAAGGAGCCACCCCUGAAUUUAUUUUUGAUCAGGGCGUUUAUUACCCUACUGCUGCCAAUUACAGUUAUUACUGUACAGGAUUUGAAUCACCUGGCGAAUGGGAGGAUCAUUCUCGGAUUUUUGGUUUAGAUGGUCCAGAUAUCCAUUACACAGGUGCUCAAAAUGAGAAUUCAUCUUAUGUAUAUUAUACGCCAAGCUAUGGAUAUGCACAGUCUCAAUACAACCCGUAUAAUCCUUACAUACAUAGUGCUGUGAUGGGACCAGAUGGUCCAUAUAUAGGGGCCCAACAGUUUUACACCAUUCCUUCCUAUGAAAGCUCUGUUUCUUCACCUGCCUAUGUCCCUGUUAUCGUUCAGCCAGAUCUUGUCCCCAAUAUUUCCAAUGACUUGAUUGAUCCUUCAAUUAAUAGAUCUAAUGGAAAUGGAAGAAUGCAUAAAAAUGAGAGUUCUGGAAACUUUUCUAGGAACGCCACCAAUCCUACUUUAGGCCAGAGAAAUUCCUUGGACAGGUUAUCAGAUGUGCCAAGAGCUAAUGUUGGUCCAAGUAAGCAAAGUGCAACACUUGGUAGCAUUUCUGCUGGUAGUCAUGCUGGGUCAAUUUCAUCACGUGUUUAUCAGGGUAGAGGUGCUUAUGGUUCAAUUCAUCCAGUGGAUGACAUAUCAAAUGGAAAGGUUGUUUCUCAACAUAGUCAAUUGAGAGUUUCUCAUCCUAUCAAUAAUGGCUUUUCUGACUUUCGAUCAAGUGCUCAUGGACAGGCUGCAAUCACAAAAUUUCAGCCUAAGGUUCAAGUUGGUAGAGUUUUGGGUGGUGCAAAUGCUAGUCCAGAUGUGUUAAGUGAGCAAAAUCGAGGUCCUAGAAUCAGCAGAUCUAAAACCCAACUGGUUCUGAAGGCCUACACAACCAAGGCUGGAGAUGGUAAUGCAGAUGGAAACAUUAUUAUCUACACAGAUCAGUAUAAUAAGGAUGAUUUUCCUGUUGAAUACAUGGAUGCGAAGUUUUUUGUAAUUAAAUCUUACAGUGAGGAUGAUGUUCACAAGAGCAUUAAGUAUAAUGUUUGGUCCUCCACUCCUAAUGGGAAUAAAAAACUGAAUAUUGCAUACGAAGAUGCUCAGAGAAUAGUUUUAGCGAAAUCAAGAAGCUGUCCUGUAUUCCUCUUCUUCUCUGUCAAUGCAAGUGGUCAGUUCUGUGGUGUCGCAGAGAUGAUUGGCCCUGUGGACUUCAACAGGGAUAUGGAUUUUUGGCAGCAGGAUAAAUGGAGUGGAAGCUUCCCUGUUAAAUGGCACAUUAUCAAAGAUGUGCCGAACAACAACUUUAGGCAUGUCAUUUUGGAGAACAAUGAAAAUAAACCUGUUACUAAUAGCAGAGACACGCAAGAAUUACCAUUUAUAAAAGGUCUGGAGAUGAUAAAAUUAUUCAAGAAUCAUACAUUAAAGACCUCUUUACUUGACGACUUCAUUUAUUAUGAAAACCGUCAGAAGAUCAUGCAGGAAGAGAAAGCGAGGUUGGUUAUUAGAAGGCUGGAGCGUCCAUAUUUUGUACCUGCAUUUGAUCAAACCCGCCAGCUAAAUUGUGUUGUUGAGCAACCUUUGAGAGAGGAUAAAAAUCUUAACAAGGCCAACGAUGGUGCGAGGGGGUCGGAAAGGAAUGCAACCUCGGGAGAUGAGCAAGUCUAUUCAAAUCCUGGUACUGUGGCAGUGAAGGAAAGUCCCAAGCUCGACGGUGAAGAAAAAGCUGAUGUUACAUCGACUUUGAGGAUAGAAUCACUUGAACUUGGCGGGAAAGUGGUUGAAAAGACUUCAGGAGGAGCUACACCAGCUGCUGCAAGUGAUACAAAUUCCAAACCUACUGAAGUUAUGACUGUAGGUUCGAUGCCAAUCAAAGUUAAUGGAUAUAAUACUGAAACUCGUGGUGUUUUGACUGUGGGAACGAUUCCGCUCGAUCCUAAAGCUCUGCAGCUUGACAACAAAUGAUGGAAAUAGUCGAAACAUAUACUUGAAAAAGUGGGAGCAGUCUCAGAAAUUCUCAGAAAUGAGUCUUUUGCUUUACUUGGUUUGAAGAUGUUCUUUGGGAUUUCUUCGUUAUCGCAGCUGUCUUCGUUUAUUUGAUCAAUGUUCUGGUGUAGUGGGUGGUUUUUUUU